AGAAACGUCACCUUGGCAACCAGGCUCCAUCACGUUGCGCACAGACACACACACGCACACACACAUACACAUCCUGACGGGCGCAUCCGACUCCAUACACCAUCCCGGAGAGAGAGACACAGAGACAGAGAGAGUUGUUCCUGGGAUCAUGGUGCAGCUGGGGUCUAGCCUGGCAGAGAAAGCGGACAAUGAUCAAGGUCUGGAGGAAGACAAGGUCCCCUUGAUAGCUCCUCUGGAUGUCAAACAAUUGGCACAGCCCUUCCCUGACAAGCUGAUUGUAAAGACGAGGACAGAGUAUCAGCUGCAGCAGAAAAAGAAAAGGAAGAUACAUGUUCCGGGAAUCAAACGUCUGAACAUCAACUUGUAUGAUGAGGUCUCUGAGAAGGUUAAGCUCACUGGGCUAAUCCUGAUCACCAUGGUGUUUCUGGCUUGCCUCCUCAUGCUGGUGAUGUACAAGGCUCUGUGGUACGAGCAACUCAGUUGUCCAGAGGGAUUCAUUUUUAAGCACAAGCACUGCUCCCCGACAGACCUGGAAAUGUACUACUCCCAGCAAGAGACAGGACCUCGCGGUGCCCUCUUGACGGCGAUCACACAGGCUAAGAAAACUCUACCCGAGCUUCCCUCUCCCUGGCUUCCCGUCUUAAACGCCUUAAAAGAGGCAGAAAAGGCCAAACGGGAGCUGGGGGGCGCACAACAUUAAGCCUUGAGAGUUGUAGGAGAGGGACGUACCGUGGGAGACGGUGUAAGCACUGGGGGGGAGUGUCGGGUGGUGGGGGGGAGGUUAAUUUAAAGGGUUCCCUGUAACCCCGCACUACUACUACUCUGCCUGAAACAUCUGCGUGUAAAAGCCUCACUUCGAAAAAAAAUUACCGGAAACAUAAUAAAGAAAAAUACACGUUUACA